GUGUCCAGGCGGCGAACGACACGAUUCCGUCGCUGUCGGCAGUACCGCGGUCGGGGACGAAGUCCAACACGAAGACGCCGGACUUCAGGAGAGCACGACCGAUGAAGAGACCGCCCUUCCCGUGGUAAAGGCGAAACUCGUUGGAGUAGGAGUCGCACUCCAGAGAGUACAGUACCUAGUGACCUAUUGCAGCCUGCAAGCUCCAUUUCAGGGAUUCCCUGGUUGACGGACUACCUGUGCUGGUUUGGUUUCCUGACGGAAUCAGUCACGAGAUCAGUCAGGAACAUGGCGGCCUUCUCCAUGGCGUCGCUCCAGUGCGCGCUCCCGCGGGUUUCCCUCUCGCAGUCCGCGGCGGCCUCCCCCGCGCGCAAGCCCGUUGUUUCCGCCGCAAUGUCCGCCGCUUCCCCCGCAGCGGCGUCGUCGCGGCUCUCCUCGUCGUACAGCGGCCUCCGUCGCGAUAGCUUCGUCGGCCAGUCUGCUGAUCUCUCCCCCCUCCCCUCCAUCCUCCCAUCCAACGGCUCCCGCGUCUUCGCGAUGCGCCACGGCCGCCGCAUCGCGCGGCUCGGGCGGCCCGCGGACCAGCGCAAGGCGCUCCUUAGAGGGCUCACGACCGAACUCCUACGCCACGGCAGGAUAAAGACCACCGCGGCGCGCGCGAAGGCGAUGCGUAAGUUUGUGGACCACAUGAUCACGCUGGCCAAGGGAGGAAGCCUCCACGAAAGGAGGCAAGCGCUGGCGUUUGUGUACGAUAAGACGCUGGUGCACGCGAUUUUCUCGGAUGCGCCUGAGAGGUAUGCGGAGAGGGAGGGCGGGUAUACGCGGAUCAUCAGGACCAUGCCGCGGCGGGGGGACAACGCGCCCAUGUGCUUCAUUGAGCUGGUGUAAGGGGGAGGCGGGAAGGGGAGGGGGAGGGGAGGGGGAGAGGAGGCGGAGAGGAGCAGGAGGGGAGGAGGAGUGGGGGGAGAAGGAAUGGAAGCAAGGAGGUACUGAAGGGCAUACUAAGCGCAUUGGAACAUCCAUGGCGGAAGCAUGCCUGCCUUGGUCCCGAGUAUGCAUCAGUGCAUUUGUGGAAGAUAUAUGUUAUGUUUGCUGCUAGAGACAUGUGGAGUUUGCUUGCCUGCUGGAUCCCUUAUAUCGGGUUAUCAGGAUGGUGUGUGAGGGAUGGAUAAAGAAGAGAAACAGUAUACGCCAGUUUCCAGUACACUAUGCCCGUAUUAUCUGAGGCAAUCACUGUGCUUGUCGAUAAGGUGCAAUUGUCCACACUGUUGGAUUUUCUUGGGUAUGCUACUGUGAGAAAUUGUCUAAUCUAUUGAACACCACACCAGU